GUCCCAAAGGUUGACAUAGAUAUCAUGAAGCUGAUGCCACUUUCGCUUGAAUUAAAAUCAAAACAGGCUACAAUUAAUUUGGGUGCGCAGAGUUCUGCAAUUAUCUCUGCAGGAACAAUCUGUCAUGUUGCACACAGAAAAUCGACAGUGGUGAAGGCCAUAUCAGGCACCAUGACUGUACAAUUCAAAAACUAGCUCAUUUGUAACAUUAUGAUUAAGAUGGGUUAUGCAAAUGCAAAAAUCUACAAACACAAGAACGAGGCAUACCCCCACCCAGGCUGCUAUCAAUCAUACCACUCAGACAAGGAAGAUAAUCCUCCUUGCAAAUG